AUGAAUAGAACGAAGAGAUCCAAAACUUUUACGGGAUGCUUUACGUGUAGGUCACGUAAAGUUCGAUGUGAUUUAACAAAACCUUACUGUAAUAAUUGUACUAGAGCAAGACUUUUAUGUGCUGGGUAUGAUAUUAAACUACGAUGGUCCAUGCCGAUUAAGUUCAAUCCUAAAACUGGGAAUGCGAUAUCUUCACUGGUGGUUUUCAAAACUAAUCAAAAUACAACCAAAUCAAAUAAUUUACAAGAAGAUCAAACUAAUGAUAGUGAAUUUUUCCAAAGAAGACAUGUUGGAUUUGUCAAAUGGGAUGCUAAAAAGAAUUGUAAACCUUAUGAAACUUAUGAAGAAAUGGAUCGGGACUUAGCAGCUGUUCAUUCGUCAGGUAAUGAUCAUAUAGUUUCCAGGAAUUGCCAAACAAAAUUGGUUGGUCCUUUUGGUAUAUUUAAAAAUACUCCUGAAACCAGAAAAAGGAAACCAGCUGAGUCUGAUACUAUUCCAAGGAAGAAAACUCAUGAAGUGAGAGUUCAGUCAAUCGCUAACUCCCAUGAAAAUUCUCCAAAUGAUUUUCAAACUAAUAAAAUUGAUGAAUCUGCUGCUCAAGAUCAAUUAUGGUUGUCCAAUGAAUUAAGAGAUGAUGCCCUAUUAACUGCAGCUGCAUUGAAUGGGGAUUCUCAAUUCCUAGAGUUUAUGAAUAAUUUUGCAUCUUCAAAUAAUCUUCUGUCAGCUUCAACACCUAAUAGAUUUUCAACACCUCCUUUCUCCUCAUCGCUUCCAUUCCCCCAACCACAUCAACCACAUCAACACCAACCGCCACAGCAACAACAUAGUCAUCAUCAAUCACCACAGUUGAAUUACCAAUCGCAUUCGUACAACGGAAAUAACUAUCCAAAUGAUUUCUUGAAUUUGGUCUUUCAUAGAAAUACUGGAUUAUCGGCUAAUUCCCAGCAACCAGCUUUAACAGCAAUGAAUAAACCGGUCAGCAGUUCAAAUAACAUCUCAAAUCUAAUCGGGGUUGAUAAAAGUAAGUCGAAUGUGAUGAUUGAUCCGACAAAUCAGCACUUAUACUACUCGAACUAUAAUAAUUUUUAUUAUGAUAAUCCAUAUCAAUUAAAUGAGAAUUUGGAAAUCCAUUUGCAUGCAUCAAAAGUCGCCAAUAAUAAUCAAGAAGAUGAAGGAACUGAUAUAGUAGAAGGGGAUAAUAGUAAUAUGACUACAAUGCCCGACUCAAUCAUGUCAAUAGUCCAAAGUCCGUUACAACCAAAAUUAGGUUUCAAUGUAUCAUUACCAAAGAAGGAUACUGAUGACAAUUAUGUUGGAUUACCAACCACUGCAUUACAAGUGCAACCAUUAACAAGAUAUUUAUUAAAUUACUAUGUAACUCAAGUUGCUGAUUUAAUGACGGUUAUACCAUUAACAGAAAAUCCUUGGAAAACAAUCUAUUUCCCAAGAGCUUUGAUGGCGAUUGGUGAAUUAUCAGCAUUAGGUACAACAUCAAUCGCCAAAAAUGCAUUAUUAAAUGCAUUAUUAGCGGUUAGUGCUUUUAAUUUACAACUGAAAUUUCCUAAAAAUUCUGAACCAAUGAAAUAUUACUUAAAUUUAGGUAUCAGGUUAAGAAACCAAGCCAGUUUAUUUGUUCGAAAAUUAUUAGGAUCAAAUAAUGAUACCCAAUUAGGUGUUGAACAAUGCAUUGCCAAUGAAAAAUAUAAAGAUGUAUUAUGUGCUGUAAUGACCAUGAUUAGUGUGGAUUUAGUUUGGGGAACAAUGCAAGAUACUAAUUUCUAUAUAAAAUGGUGUGGUCGAGUUAUCAAUACCAAGAUGAUUAAUAAAAAAAAAUUGUCAUCUAAAGCAAGAAUUUUACAUCGAGUAUUUUCAUCUUUAAAAUUAAUUCAAGAUUCUACGUGUUUAGAUUUAAUGAGUAUUAAAGAGGAUUUUGAAAUGAGUGAUGAUAUAAUUAAUAAUGAAUAUGAUGUUAAUGGAGAUAAAUUCAUUAAUAAGUUGAAAAAUAGCGAUGCCAAUCAAUCUAAAAGUAAGAUUGACUUCAUUGUGAAUAGUGGUAAUUCAACCCAUAAGAUUGAUGAAAAUAUUAUUAAAGAUACUUCUCCACAAUUUGUUAAUAAAAAAUUAAUUAAUACUAAAAAAAAUGAUGAAAAUUUUGCAACCGAUGCAUUAUACGGAUUACCAAAUUCUUUAAUUGUUUUAUUUAAAGAAACUGUUCAAUUAUUAAGAGCCAAAAUAUAUCAUCAGGGAACAUUUGGUCACAUGCCAAUACAUUUUGAUGAAAAUGUUAAAAAAUUAAGUGAUAAAUUAAGUAAAUGGAAACUUGAUUGGAAAUUAUAUGAAGAAGAUGAAGAUGAAAAUAAAGAAUUCUUCACCCCCAUGCAUGAAACUACAUACCAUCAUAUCUUAUCCUUUUAUCAUGCGUUAACUAUUUACUUUAAUCGAUUAAUUAAAGAAAUUUCACCUAAUGAAGUACAGGAUAAGGUUGAAAAAACAUUAUAUCACUUGAACUCAAUCCAAAAAUUGAUUGUCCAAGGAGAAGCAGCCAUCAUCCCACUAUUUUGGCAAGGUUUUAUUGCCGGUUGCGAAGCUAUUAGUAUAAACCUACAAAUGGGAUUCAAGAAAUGGGGUGCUGAUAUAGCUCAAUAUUUAGGUAGUUAUUGGGGUGCUAGACAAAUAAUGUUAGAAGUUUGGAGAAGAAAGAGAAUGAAGGAAUCAAGAGCUGAUUGGGUUAGUGUGAUUCAAGAUUGGGAAAUGAAUCUUAUGUUAAACUAG